AUGACUACUACCUCCUUAGCCAAUGAAGAUGGGUCUGAGACCCGAAAUCGCGAUCUGGCGAAGAUGAACACGUGUACAAGUCCAUCAGUUGCAGAGUUCAUCGAGAUAGUCCAUGACUAUCUCGUCUCAAAUGAGGUUGUCACUAAGUUUACUGACAACAGACCCGGGCGUGACUGGGCUCAAAACUUCGUGAUCUAUGGUUAUUAUGAAAAGCUAGAGGAGGUAGUCAAGCAACUUGGAAUUGAAGACCGUCCAGAGUGGAUGUGUAACCUUGACGAAACAGGCUUCCCUACUGACCCAACCAAGGUGAAGUCUAUUGGCACAAAAGGCGCAAAAACUGUCAGGCUAACACGUGGUGCAAACCGUGAGAACAUUACAAUUCUAGCAACAUGUUGUGCUGAUGGCAGCUGCUUGGAUCCACUCAUAGUCUUCAAAGGCAAGCGGAUGCAAUCAACAUGGGUUGGAGAAAAUGCGCUCAAAGAGACCCAGUAUGCAGUGAGUGAAUCAGGUUGGAUGACCAGCUGCAUCUUUAAAGAUUUCUUCAAAUCAUUUAUUGAAAAAACUGCUGGCAUCAGGCCUUUGCUCCUCAUCUUAGAUGGGCAUCUCAGCCACACAUCUCUGAAAAUUGUUGAGCUUGCAGUACAGGAGAACAUUACCAUCCUCAAAUUGCCUCCAUACUGCACAGAUUUACUGCAACCAUUAGAUGUUGCCUGCUUUGCCCCUCUGAAGGUCAAAUGAAAGCAACUUAACGACUUUAUGCAUAAAACUGGUGCAUGAGUGCCCCUUCGAAAGGCAGCAUUUGUAGACAUGCUCUGUAGUGUCUGGCACCAGGGCCUAUCGAGUGACAAUGUAAAGUCCGGCUUCAGAGCAACGGGUAUUGUCACUGUUGAUAAGUGCAAGUACAGUGUUGAUAGACUGGAUCCUGUCAAACUGAAAACAUAUGCGAGGUGGGUCAACAAUGGAAAACCAAUAGAUGAAACCAACAAUCCUAUACUUGUUAAUGAUCAAGAACAAGAACAACUGCUGUCACCAACACCAACAUACUCUGCACCUACACCAUCAACUCUCCAAUCUUGAAUGCAGCUCCUGGGUAUCACCUGGGUAUCAGCGAAGAACCUUAUCACCACAACCU